AUGUAUGCAUCGAAAGAAAGAAGAACGAGACGAAAGAACGAGCAUCCGCAGCGCGCGAUGCACGCGAAAACGGUGGUGACGAGUGACAGAGAGGAGAGAGAACGAGAAGAGGAGAGACGAAGAAGAAGGCAGAGAGAACAACAGGCUUUGUUGAUGGUGUGGUGUGAUGUGGAGCGGGAAAGGGAAAGGGAGGAGGAAGAAGAGGAGGAAGAAGACGAAGACGAUGAUGAAGACGAAGACGAUGAUGAAGAAGAUGAUGAAGAAGACCAUGAUGAUGAUGAUGAUGAAGAGAUGACUGUUAGGAAAGGAGCGAAGAGAAAGAGAGGGCACGAGUGUGAUGUUUGCGAGAAGAUGUUUAGAGCACCAACCGAUUUGGCCAGACACAUGCGUAUUCACACGAACGAGAAACCGUAUAAAUGUGAUGUUUGCGAGAAGCGUUUUCGUCAUUCUGGUAGUUUGAAAACCCACAUGCGUAUUCACACGAACGAGAGACCGUACGAGUGUGAUGUUUGCGAGAAGCGAUUUACUCAAUCUGGUAGUUUGAAAAAGCACAUGCGUACGCACACGAAAGAGAAACCGUACGAAUGCGAUGUGUGCGAUAAAGCUUUUACUCAAUCUGGUGCUUUGAAAACCCACAUGCGUAUUCACACGAACGAGAGACCGUAUAAAUGUGAUGUGUGCGAGAAGCGUUUUACUCGAUCUGGUAGUUUGAAAAGCCACAUGCGUAUUCAUACGAACGAGAAACCAUAUAAAUGUGACGUGUGCGAGAAGCGUUUUACUCAAUCUGGUGCUUUGCAAGGCCACAUGCGUAUUCACACGAACGAGAAACCGUAUAAAUGUGAUGUUUGCGAGAACUCUUUUAUGCUCGUCAAACUUUACGCCCGCCGCAUGCGCUUCACGUCUUCACAUUUCGCCUCUCUAAAAGUCCUCAUUUCUCCCCACUCCAGACACCUGCACGCGCACACACAAAGCACACUUUGCUGCGACUUUCGCGAGACCAUGCCCCCGCACCAUCCGUUCGGAAAGAAAAAGAGGAAGGAUUCCCUCACUUCGUCUGGUCAUCCUCUGAUAUCCCCGUCUGAACUCGCGGAAUGUUUCCGAAACACCUUGUCCACGGACGCUUCCGUCCGAGAGGCGGCGGAACGCUCGGUGAAAACGUUUACGAUUAAAAACCAAUCCUCGUGCGCGCAUUUUUGCCACCUGGCGUGCACAGGAGGAGAAGGAGAGGACAACAACGAUUCGGUUGCCGUGAGAAUGGCGGCGGCGUUAGCGCUGAAGAAACGCGUGAGCAUCGCGUGGGUGAAGUUGAGUGCAGAGGAGAAAAAGCACGUGCAAACGCUCUUGUUAACGGGGCUGGCGCAGGAGCACCAAAGAGCGGUGAGAGAGGCGUUGUCGCAAUCGAUCGCGAGGAUCGCGCAGAUAUGCAUACCCGGGGAUUCGUGGCCGGAGGUUUUGGAGAACUUGAGUCAGAUGUCGGUGAGCGCGGAACCGAGGCAUCGGGAAGGCGCGGUGGGAUGUUUUUCGGCGUUGGCGGAAACGGUGGUGAGAGUCGCGCCGGUGCAUUUUAGGACGUUGGCGGAUAUAUUUAUUCGAAGCUUGAUGGACCAGGAGAAGUACGUGAGGAAAAAAGCGAUUGAAGGGUUGAGAGCGCUCGUCGGUGAAGCGCCGUUUAUCGGAGAGGUGGUCGUCGUCGAGAAGGGGUCUCAGACGCAGACGACCGGGAGAGACGGAAAGACGAACAAGAAAGAAAUCGAACAGCAAAAAAUGGUCGUCAGAGAAACGGUUUUGGGAAUCGUGGAAGCAGCCGCGCAUUUUUGCGUGUCGAGCGCACAAAGUGCGGAUUCCGUGGACCACGCGUUGCUCGCGUUUGAUGUCUUUGAUGAACUGUUUAGCUGCGGCGAGUCGAACAUCGUGAAAGCAGUCGCCGCGGAUAUCGUGAACGUGUGUUGCGAGUGCGCGAAAGCAAACGGGGUGGAUAACGUCGUUAAGUUGAGAGCGUUGGACGUGUUAUCUGUCGUCGCGGAAAGGCGUCCAAAAUCUUUGCGCAGGGCGAAUCUCGUCGAGCCGAUGUUGAGAGCGAUUUUACCUUUACUCGGAGAACCGGACGAAGACGAAGACGACCAAGAUAAAGACCUCGAUAAAUCUGAUUCCGAAGACGAGGACGAUAAUCAGUCCAUGCGUUUAGCCGCCGCGAGAGUGGUUGAUACGUUAGCCUUAGCGUUACCGGCUAAGUUUGUGCUACACGUCGUUCUCGAUUUCGCGUCGAAUAACAUCAAAUCGCCGGAUGAACGCUUAAGAAGAGCGUCUGUAGGCGCCGUCGGGGUCGUGUGUGAAGGGUGCGCGGAAGCGUUAUCGAACGACCCCGUCAUCUGCGAAAACUUGCUCGAUCAAUUAGGCGUGUCUUUAGAAGAUGUGAGUUUCGGCGUCCGACGCGCGGCGGCGUUUGCUUUAGGACAAUUCGCCGAGUUUUGUCGAUCGUCGGUACCUAAAAUGCACGCCAUCGCUUUACCGCGAUUGUUUCAAGCCGUGAAAAAGAAAGCUGAAGCACAAAAAGAAGACGCGAUUGCGAGACAAAACGCGUUCUUUGCCGUGGAGGCGUGGACGUCCGAAUUAGAAUCGGGUGAAAUAGCGGCGUACGUGCCAUUGGUUUUAGAAGUCUUAUUUGAAGCGUUAGACGACGGCACUAACGAACAGCAAAACCAACCUUUUUCCUGGUCCGUGUAUCGAAGAAAAGAGUGCGCGUUAGCGAUAGCUACCUCCGCAGCCACGGACGCCUCGGACACCUUUGCGCCGUUUCUCGCCGAUUUACUUCCAAGACUGGAGAGCGUCGUGAGCGCGCACGUGCGGGACGAAAACGACGCAAUUGACCAAAAGAAACUUCGUUUGAGAGCGUGCGCGAUUCGAUUAUUAGGCGCAAUCGUUGAAGGGGAAACGUGCAGAGCGGCUUUGGGCAAUCAAGCUAUCGAAGCGUUGGUACAAAACGUCGCGAGCGGGUUCGCGUUGACGUCGUGCGACGCUCGCGAAGCCGCGCACGACUUCUUUGCCAGCUUUGCCAACGGGUGUAAAUCCGCGGACGAAAACGCUAAAGAAACCGCAAACGGAAACGAACACUUCUCGCAAUUUCUGAACCCGCUGGUCGAGAAAGCGUUAGAGAGUAUCACGUUAGACGACGGCAUCAUGUUCGGUAAAGAUUUUGAAGAUUUCGUGGCGGAUAAUCCAGAACACGACGAUGAGUACGAGGACGAAUACGACGAGUACGACGAAGAUGACGACGACGAGGACGAAAGCAACGCCAAAGGGUACGACGACGUUCGGUCCGGUCUUGUCGAGGAAAAAAUAGCCGCCAUUCGUGCGAUCAAGUCAUACGCCGAGUCCGCGCCGAGAACGUACGUACAAAGUCAAGCGGCGUUUGAAAAAUCCGUGGAAGUUUUGUUACAAACCGUAGAUUACCUCGACGAUGAAGUUCGUUCGUUCACGUACGAUUCCAUCUCGGCGUUAGCCGGGGGCGAAUGCUUGGUCGUUUUGUGCGAGCACAAUCCGAUUGCGGCUAAAACGCUCGCGGAAAAAACUUUAGAGGCGUGCUUAGACGCCGCGAUGCACGAUUUCGAGAAGAACGUCGUCGCUUCCUCUUUGUGUUGCGCGGCGGAAAUUUUGAAGAGCGCGAAAAAAUGCAAUCAACCGAUUUUCGAAAACAAACCGCCGCAUUUAAACCGAUUGAACGAAAUAUGUUUAUCUCUGCUCCGAGGCGACGCGAUGUGUCAGCAAUCGUUCGACAGCGACGAUGAAGACGAAUACGAGGACGGCGAUGAUGAGGACGACGACUUCGGCGCGAACGAUAACGAAAGCAAUCGCGCGAGACGCCACCACAACACCAAAGGUAAACCGAACGGAGCUCACGGUGGCAACUUGGAAACGAACGAAGACGAAGAGGAGGCGGAGUCAUCGCUCGUGCUUCUCGAAGCUGUCGCGGAAGCCUUGCCGGCGUUGGCAACCGUCGUCGGCGCGCAACCGUUCGCGUCUGAAUUUGAACCGCACUUCCAGGCGAUUCUCAAAAGAGCGCACCCGUCUCGAAGCGGCGCCGAGCGAUUUGCCAUUUACGGUUUACUCGCAGACAUUGUUGAAUCCGUCGAAUCUUACGCGUCGCCGUGCGCACCGGCGUUAUUACCAACCCUCUUGGAGGAAAUGCGAUCGAUGAGUUCGCCGGAAGCGACGAGGAACGCCGCGUACCUCGCCGGUCUCCUCGUGGAAACCGCGAGACGAGAAGAUAAAUCCAACGCGAACCCGUAUUGCGACGACGAAACCGUCAAAGCCAUCGCAGAAGCCGCGGUGGUUGGCGCGCAAAGCGACGCAUUCCUGAUAACUCACGACCACGUUGGACGAUGGGCAAAACUCAUGGCUACGCGAGAUAACUUAGCCGGGUGCGCGGCGAGGUGCGCGAAAUCCUUACUCAAUCGAAACGAGAGCCGGGAAAUCGCAAAGGCGAUUCUCCACGCCGUACCCAUGGGCGAAGACGUGGACGAAGGCGAAGUGGUCGUUGACGUCGUGAAAGCAUUCAUCUUGUCGGAUGACCCGAUAAAGAGCGAUGACAGCAGCAACAGCGCGUGUGAUGAAGUUCUGAGAAUGGAUGCAUUGAGACGCGUCGAGUUACACGCCGCGGCGAUGAAAGCGAAGAAGAAAGACUUUUAG